AUGACACAAAAGAACACACCGAAUCCCAAAACCCUGGGCAGGACCGCAGGGUCUAUCAAUGCACCCAUUGCAGCCUUCACAAUGGCUAUCAUCCUUUGCUCCUACUGCUUCAGCUCUAUCCGCACAGCAAGGCGUGAAGCACAGGAGCAGUCGCCAACAGCACCGAGUUCACAGCGAUUGUCACGACCGGACAGGAAGGAUUCCUCGUGGGUUCAACAGGCUCUUGAGGAGAGUCGGGCUGAUGGGGGUAAAGGGAGGAAGUCGGAGGGCGCCUUCUCCACCUGUAAUCACGAGUUGCUCACGAGUGCUUUUGCUACAACGCCCGAGCAACUGCUCUGGGGAAUGUCGAUAUGCUUCUUGGCCGGGCCUGUUCAAUGCACGGGUCGUAAAUGUGACUACGAAGGUACAAUCUCCGUCAUUGAACAUCCUCUUUCAUUAUCACCGAACACGGUCUGGCGGGAACGGCGAUCUUUUGCCUACUAUUUCCAAAACGCUGCAUCCUCUAUCGGCGGUGGGUUGGAUGGUGAUUUCUGGAACACCAUCGUUCCACAGGUUUGUCGGCGUGAACCUGCUGUGUGGGACGCCAUUAUCUCCAUUAGUGCACUAUUCGAGAGUCCCGAGCCAUGUCCGGAACUCUUUUCCAUACGCCAAGGGUAUUCUCGCUCUUCCAGUUCCUUCGCUCUCAAUCAGAACCACCAAGACGCAUUGGGCUGGUACUCGCGUUCGGUUUCUGCUAUCCGCCAGCGGAUUGAGAGUGGUCGCUUGGACGUCUUUGUCGGACUGAUCACUUGUAUACUAUUUAUCUGCAUCGAGGCCCUCCAGGGAGGUGUGGAGGAGGCCUUGCAGCUUUAUAGCCAGGGUGUGCAUCUUCUUCUCUCUUUUCGCGCGCAAAUAGCUCGCGGGACAGUGCCAGCAACGGACACUUCCUGGUUCGAGGGUACAAUCGUCCCAAUCUUCAUCCGUCUAGGAUCACUCGCUCUCCCUCUCACUGGGGCCCCAUUGAGCAUUUUACUAUCACACACCGAAUACAAAUUGGCGCAGCAAUUCGAUUCUCUCAGAUCUGCCCGAGAAGCCCUCGUCCUCCUUAGCGCAGAAGUCCAGCUCUUCCAAUUCACAUCCGUCGAGCAUGUACGAGAGCACGGCACCUCGAACAUACCCCAGGACUUAACGACCCAACAAACAAUGCUAUCAGCCAAGUUAAAGAGCUGGAACACUGCCUUUAUCAACUUGAUGGAACUCCUUCGCUCCAAAGGGCUAUCCCCACUACAAAUCAGCAUCAGUGCCCUGCUCAUCGCUCAUCACGAAGUCCUAUACAUAAUACUCCCAACCACCCUCACAACAUCCCAAACCAUAACCGACGCGUAUAUACCAAACUUCCAAACCAUAGUGGACCAGUCAUCCAUCGCUCUCAACGCUACCGCCCGACCAGACGGCACACAACCACCAUACACAUUCGAGAUCAGCAUCAGUGGCCCGCUCUGGUUUACCUGUCUCAGAUGCCGUGAACCUAGAAUCCGACGUACAGCCCUAUCCCUACUACGCCGCGCACCGCUGGUCCAUGGAUUCUACAAAACCAAAUCUGCAAUCACAUUCAGCGAACGGGUGAUGGUGCUAGAAGAAACAUACGGAGUUGCAAUAAACGCAAGUCGCAAUUCCACGCCAGGACCAACUGCAUCCUCUGCAUCCCAGUCGAACUAUAGCGAUGUUCCCAAACUCGACUUGGCCAAGUUUCUCGAGGACUUUGAAUAUCCUACGGGUCUGGAUACCAUGCCUACGGAGCUGGGAUUGACACCGACGUCGGAGCUCAUUCCGGAAGAGGCGCGUAUGGGACCUAUCAAUGUCUUUCGACCGAGGGACGGGCUUCCGCCGGGGACGAAGGAGAAAGAUCUCGUGAAGUGGAACCCGAGUGCGGAUCAGGUGUUUCUGAGAUUUUCGUGGAAUAGGCGUGAUCUGGAUAGUGAUUCUUGGCAAAUAGUUCACGAAUAUAUUCCGCUUACGCUUUAG